AUGCUUCAACAAUUUACAUUGUUAUUCCUAUAUUUGUCAAUUGCAAGUGCAAAGACAAUCACUGGUGUUUUUGAUAGUUUUAAUUCAUUAACUUGGUCCAAUGCUGCUAAUUAUGCUUUCAAAGGGCCAGGAUACCCAACUUGGAAUGCUGUUUUGGGUUGGUCCUUAGAUGGUACCAGUGCCAAUCCAGGGGAUACAUUCACAUUGAAUAUGCCAUGUGUGUUUAAAUAUACUACUUCACAAACAUCUGUUGAUUUAACUGCCGAUGGUGUUAAAUAUGCUACUUGUCAAUUUUAUUCUGGUGAAGAAUUCACAACUUUUUCUACAUUAACAUGUACUGUGAACGACGCUUUGAAAUCAUCCAUUAAGGCAUUUGGUACAGUUACUUUACCAAUUGCAUUCAAUGUUGGUGGAACAGGUUCAUCAACUGAUUUGGAAGAUUCUAAAUGUUUUACUGCUGGUACCAAUACAGUCACAUUUAAUGAUGGUGAUAAAGAUAUCUCAAUUGAUGUUGAGUUUGAAAAGUCAACCGUUGAUCCAAGUGGAUAUUUGUAUGCUUCCAGAGUUAUGCCAAGUCUCAAUAAGGUCACAACUCUUUUUGUGGCACCACAAUGUGAAAAUGGUUACACAUCUGGUACAAUGGGGUUCUCCAGUAGUAACGGUGACGUUGCUAUUGAUUGCUCAAAUAUUCAUAUUGGUAUCACAAAAGGAUUAAAUGAUUGGAAUUAUCCGGUUUCAUCUGAAUCAUUUAGUUACACUAAAACUUGUACAUCUAAUGGAAUUCAGAUUAAAUAUCAAAAUGUACCUGCUGGUUAUCGUCCAUUUAUUGAUGCUUAUAUUUCUGCUACAGAUGUUAACCAAUAUACUUUAGCAUAUACCAAUGAUUAUACUUGUGCUGGCAGUCGUCUGCAAAGUAAACCUUUCACUUUAAGAUGGACUGGAUACAAGAAUAGUGAUGCCGGAUCUAACGGUAUUGUCAUUGUUGCUACAACUAGAACAGUUACAGACAGUACCACUGCUGUCACUACUUUACCAUUCAAUCCAAGUGUUGAUAAAACCAAAACAAUCGAAAUUUUGCAACCUAUUCCAACCACUACCAUCACAACUUCAUAUGUUGGUGUGACUACUUCCUAUCUGACUAAGACUGCACCAAUUGGUGAAACAGCUACUGUUAUUGUUGAUGUGCCAUAUCAUACUACCACAACUGUUACCAGUGAAUGGACAGGAACAAUCACUACCACUACAACUCGUACCAAUCCAACUGAUUCAAUUGACACAGUGGUGGUACAAGUUCCACUGCCAAAUCCAACUGUUAGUACUACUGAAUAUUGGUCUCAGUCCUAUGCUACAACCACUACAGUUACUGCUCCUCCAGGUGGUACCGAUACUGUUAUCAUUAGAGAACCACCAAACCACACUGUCACUACUACUGAAUAUUGGUCACAGUCCUUUGCCACCACUACCACUGUAACUGCACCACCAGGUGAAACUGAUACCGUUAUCAUUAGAGAACCACCAAAUCACACUGUUACUACUACUGAAUACUGGUCACAAUCCUAUGCCACCACUACCACUGUUACUGCUCCUCCAGGUGGUACCGAUACCGUUCUUAUCAGAGAGCCACCAAACCAUACUGUUACUACUACUGAAUACUGGUCACAAUCCUAUGCCACCACUACCACUGUAACUGCACCACCAGGUGGUACUGACACUGUUAUCAUUAGAGAGCCACCAAACUACACGGUUACUACUACUGAAUAUUGGUCUCAAUCAUAUGCAACCACUACUACCAUUACCGCUCCACCUGGUGAAACCGAUACCGUUAUCAUUAGAGAACCACCAAAUCACACUGUUACUACUACUGAAUACUGGUCACAAUCCUAUGCCACCACUACCACUGUUACUGCUCCUCCAGGUGGUACCGAUACUGUUCUUAUCAGAGAGCCACCAAACCACACUGUCACUACUACUGAAUACUGGUCUCAAUCAUAUGCUACAACCACCACUGUUACUGCACCACCAGGUGGUACCGAUACCGUUCUUAUCAGAGAGCCACCAAACCACACUGUCACUACUACUGAAUACUGGUCACAAUCCUAUGCCACCACUACCACUGUAACUGCACCACCAGGAGGUACCGAUACUGUUAUCAUUAGAGAACCACCAAACCACACUGUCACUACUACUGAAUACUGGUCACAAUCCUAUGCCACCACUACCACUGUUACUGCUCCUCCAGGUGGUACUGACACUGUUAUCAUUAGAGAACCACCAAACUACACGGUUACUACUACUGAAUAUUGGUCACAAUCAUUUGCCACAACCACCACAGUUACUGCUCCUCCAGGUGGUACUGACACUGUGAUUAUCUAUGAAAGCAUGUCAAGUUCAAAGAUUUCUACAUCCUCCAAUGAUAUAACCAGUAUCAUUCCAUCAUUUUCCCGUCCUCAUUAUGUCAACAGCACAACCUCCGAUUUGUCAACAUUUGAAUCUUCAUCCAUGAAUACUCCUACUUCUAUCAGUAGUGAUGGUAUGUUGUUGUCUUCUACAACUUUGGUUACUGAAUCAGAAACAACUACAGAACUGAUUUGCAGUGAUGGUAAAGAGUGUUCUAGAUUGUCCAGUUCUUCUGGUAUUGUCACAAAUCCAGAUAGCAAUGAAUCCUCAAUCGUAACUAGUACUGUUCCUACUGCAAGUACAAUGUCUGAUUCACUUUCUUCAACUGAUGGUAUUAGUGCUACAUCUUCUGAUAAUGUUUCAAAAUCAGGAGUAUCAGUUACAACCGAAACUUCUGUUACUACUAUUCAAACUACUCCAAACCCAUUAUCAUCUUCAGUGACAUCAUUGACUCAGUUGUCUUCAAUUCCAAGUGUUUCAGAAAGUGAAAGUAAAGUUACAUUUACAAGCAAUGGAGACAACCAAAGUGGUACUCAUGAUUCACAAUCUACUUCCACUGAAAUUGAAAUUGUAACAACCAGUUCUACUAAAGUUUUACCACCUGUCGUUUCUUCUAAUACUGAUUUGACUAGUGAACCAACAAAUACCAGAGAACAACCAACUACAUUAUCAACUACUUCAAACUCCAUCACUGAAGAUAUCACCACAUCUCAACCUACAGGUGAUAAUGGAGACAAUACUUCAUCAACCAAUCCAGUUCCAACUGUGGCAACAAGUACUUUAGCAUCUGCAAGUGAAGAAGACAACAAAAGCGGUUCUCAUGAAUCAGCAUCCACAAGUUUGAAACCAAGUAUGGGUGAAAAUUCUGGAUUAACUACUUCUACUGAAAUUGAAGCUACAACAACCAGUCCUACAGAAGCUCCAUCACCUGCUGUUUCUUCUGGUACUGAUGUAACUACUGAACCAACAGAUACUAGAGAACAACCUACUACAUUAUCAACUACUUCAAAAACAAACAGUGAACUGGUUGCUACUACACAAGCUACUAAUGAAAAUGGUGGUAAAUCUCCAUCAACUGAUUUAACAUCAAGCUUGACAACAGGCACCUCAGCAUCUACAAGUGCUAAUAGCGAACUUGUUACUAGUGGAUCUGUUACUGGUGGAGCUGUUGCCAGUGCUUCAAAUGAUCAAUCACAUUCUACUUCUGUUACCAACAGCAACAGCAUUGUAUCUAAUACCCCACAAACUACAUUGAGUCAACAAGUUACCUCAUCCUCACCUUCAACCAACACAUUCAUUGCUUCUACAUACGAUGGCUCUGGUUCUAUUAUCCAACAUUCUACUUGGUUGUACGGUUUGAUCACAUUAUUGUCCUUGUUCAUUUAG